UAAAAAGUUUAUUUUAACAAAACAGAAGGCAAGGGCGUGCGUGUGUAACUUGAUACAUGGUCAAGAUUCUCCUGAAGCAGGGAGGGGUCUGGCUCUGCAUCGCAGUCUUCCAAGAUCUAACGCGCGAAAAACAUCAACAAUAGAAGAGGUAUCGGGAGAAGUAAUAAAAUCUCAGAGGUCUCUGACUUUCUUCUUUAUUUGUAAUCGGACUCCAUGGAGACCUUAAGCUCCUCCGCAACCGUCUUGUCAUCUUCUGCUUCUUCUCUGUCCCUCUUUUCUCCGAAGAGAACCGACUCACAGCGAUUCCUCCGAUUCCCAUCGUCUUCCAAGAAGGACGGAAACAACUCGGAUCUCCAAUCCGACUCGAAUGAAACAAGCAUCGUUCCCAUCUUCAACGAACGAACUCUCUCCAAGGAUGAGGCGAUGGGGCUGGCUCUGAGUGCGGCGUCGGUGAGAGGAGGGUGGACAACCGGGUCUGGCAUGGAAGGUCCGUCGAUCCCAGCAGGAACCGAGGACGGAUCAGGCACCGAGAGGAUCUCAACCUUCCCGUGGUCCCUCUUCACAAAAUCGCCACGUAGGCGGAUGCGCGUUGCUUUCACUUGCAACAUUUGCGGUCAGAGAACCACCCGUGCUAUCAAUCCCCAUGCCUAUACCGAUGGCACAGUUUUCGUCCAGUGUUGUGGGUGUAAUGUAUUUCAUAAGCUGGUGGAUAAUCUGAAUCUAUUCCAUGAGAUGAAGUGCUAUGUAAACCCAAGCUUCAAUUACAAAGUUCCGCAAUGGGAUGUUGGCCUGAAAUACCUUGAUAUCAAUGACGAUAGCGAUGACGUUUUCCCCAUAUAAUGGUGGAGCUUAAACUUGUAUAUUCCUUUACUUUCAUCAACUCGCAACUUUCUUACAUUGUGCCUGCUAUUUCUUACAUUGUGCCUACUCAAGUAAUGCUGUUGCACGCCUGUAAAUAGUAUGCAGUAUUUGUCAGUGUCAUUGUUUCACAUGGUUAAAUAAUUAUAGUUGUAACUCAUAAUGCUCUCUGGAUUCUUAUUUAGCAUAAAUGUGCAGUUGGUAUUUAUGAUUUAAAAUCA